AUGGGGGAGCUGAGCGACCUGGACCGGCAGAUCGAGCAGCUGCGGCGCUGCGAGCUCAUCAAGGAGAGCGAGGUCAAGGCCCUGUGCGCCAAGGCCAGGGAGAUCCUGGUGGAGGAGAGCAACGUGCAGAGGGUGGACUCCCCGGUCACGGUCUGUGGUGACAUCCAUGGGCAGUUCUAUGACCUCAAGGAGCUCUUCAGGGUGGGGGGCGAUGUCCCCGAGACCAAUUACCUGUUCAUGGGGGACUUCGUGGACCGGGGCUUCUACAGCGUCGAGACCUUCCUGCUGCUGCUGGCGCUCAAGGUGCGCUACCCGGACCGCAUCACCCUGAUCCGGGGCAACCACGAGAGCCGCCAGAUCACGCAGGUCUACGGCUUCUACGACGAGUGCCUGCGCAAGUACGGCUCCGUCACCGUGUGGCGCUACUGCACCGAGAUCUUCGACUACCUCAGCCUCUCGGCCAUCAUCGACGGCAAGAUCUUCUGUGUGCACGGCGGGCUCUCGCCCUCCAUCCAGACCCUGGACCAGAUCCGCACCAUUGACCGCAAGCAGGAGGUGCCUCACGACGGCCCCAUGUGCGACCUGCUCUGGUCCGACCCCGAGGACACCACGGGCUGGGGGGUGUCCCCCCGGGGGGCCGGGUACCUGUUUGGCAGCGAUGUGGUGGCCCAGUUCAACGCCGCCAACGCCAUCGCCAUGAUCGGGCGCGCGCACCAGCUCGUCAUGGAGGGCUACAAGUGGCACUUCGGGGAGACCGUGCUCACCGUCUGGUCCGCCCCCAACUACUGCUACCGGUGCGGGAACGUGGCGGCCAUCUUGGAGCUGGACGAGCACCUGCAGAAGGAGUUCAUCAUCUUCGAGGCGGCGCCGCAGGAGACGCGCGGGAUCCCCGCCAAGAAGCCCGUGGCCGACUACUUCCUGUGACCCCGGGGUCAUCCGGGGUCAUCCGGGGUCACCGGGGGUCAAGGGGGGUCAAUGGGAGUCAAUGGGGU